ACUUGCGAGCAGCAGUCGCUGCUGCUUCUCAUUGCUUACCAUUCAUCACUUUUGCACUAGCUUUUAUAAAUAAAUAAUGAAGGUUUAUAUUUUUAGAUCUUGUAUAAUUUAUGAAUGUUUAAAGCGACCACGUGGCUCUCGAGUCUGAUUAACAACAUUUGAAAUGCAAGCGGCAGCUAAGCUCGAGCGAGCGAAUAGGUAGGGGAGCUGAGUCUGCACAUGCUAUAAUAUACCUUAUACGACGAGGACAGACAGUGUCAUGCCAUUGCAUGCCGUGCCAUCGUAUACAACUCCGUUGCCUAUAGAGCACAUUGGUAUGGUAACCACUUCGCAAGUUUAGUGCGUUCCAAGUUGCGAUUUAUAUAUCGGCUGUACGAGUUGUACUUCGCUGCUCGUAAAUUUCGCUCUUGCAUUUCCCAAGAUGUUUGGACGCGGUGACGAUGAUGGAGAAGAGGAAAGUACGGUGAUUCUAAUAAAUCCACAUUUAUCAAGAUUGAAUGGAGAUAUUCUUUAUCACCUCGGACUUGGUACCAAUACCCAUGAUCUCGUCAAAAUGUUCGGAGACGUCAAGUUUGUAUGCAUGGGUGGCGCGCCAAAACGCAUGGAACAUUUUGCCAAAUACAUAUUGACCGAAUUAAAAGACAAACUACCACCGGGUACGAAAUUUCAAGACAUGCAAGAACACUCGUACCGAUACUCGAUGUACAAAGUUGGACCGAUACUAUCGAUAAGCCAUGGCAUCGGUGUACCUUCGCUGCAAAUUCUUCUGCACGAGAUCAUCAAACUGAUGCACUAUGCCAAAGUGAAGAAUCCGGUCUUCUUCCGAAUCGGCACCUGCGGCGGUAUCGGCAUCAAAGCCGGAAGCGUCGUCGUAUCCAAAGGAGCCGUCAACGAAAUGAUCGAGCCCUAUUACGAGCAAAUCGUCUUGGGUGAAAAGAUGCAGCGAGCGGCAAAACUCGAUCAGGAUUUGGCACAAGAGCUUCUGUCGCUGAGCGAGCCCGGCGACGGCUUCGACUUGAUCAGCGGCCAAACCAUGUGUUCCUACGACUUUUACGAGGGCCAAGGCAGGUGCGACGGCGCCUUCUGCUACUUCUCGGAGAUCGCGAAGCAGGAGUAUUUGAAAAAGCUCCACGAUGCUGGAGUUCGCAAUAUCGAGAUGGAAGCCACUUGCUUUUCCGCCUUGACGAAUCUGGCCAACAUCAAGGCGGCUAUCGUCUGCGUGGCGUUCCUUAAUCGUUUCGAGGGCGAUCAGGUUUGUCCACCCAAGAACGUUUUGAGCCAAUGGGAAGUCAGACCACAACAAAUAGUUGCACGCUAUAUAAAACGUCAUUUGUAAUAUAAUAUUAUAAUGAAGUUUACAAACAUUAGAUUUCCGUGACAGGAAUUCCAAUUAUUUUUUUAUCGUUUUAAAAUUUUUGAUAAAUAAUGUUAUAUAUGGUUCAUAAUAAAGUGAUCAUAAAAGAGAAAAA